GUCUCUGGCAUAUUUUGUCUGACGUUGAAUAGGCCUACAAGCAAACUUUAUUUUCCAAGUGUUGAAUCCCAGCCAGUUCUGACUCUCACUCUGAUCUCUAGAUCUAGAUCUACUGCCCCAUGACUAAGUUGAACGGAACAUCGAGGCCUCCGUAACAAAAUAGACUUUCACAUUUUGUGUGAGCGGAGCAAUGAUGAAGGAACAAUGUAUUUACACACCCAUUAUAUUAGAUCGAUGCUCUUGUGUGUUGUCAUCAGUGUCAGUCUCAGUCUGCCUAUCUCAUCAUCUGUCAGUGCCAAUGUUAGAGCCUGGUCACCGGCAAACACUCAACAUGUAUCUCCAGAUAAAAAAUCCUUAUGGCUAGGUGACAUGAAGCUUGUGCAUCCCACAACUAUCAAGAAUUUGAACUUCAGAAGACAGUACAAAGGUUAUGACACAAAGUGUCAUGUGAGGUUCAAACAGUGCACCAUUGAUUUACGAAAUUUAGUGGGACUUUUUCCCUGUUUGUUUGAAAUAUUGAAAAAUUCUCCAGUUUUCAAAUCAAAUAUUGCAAUGAUAACCGUAGAUCAGAUUAGUGCAGCACUACCACCUGUAUGUUUUCAUUCUGUGAUAUUUUAUAACUUGUGCCUGUGUAGAACUCGUGGUGAGGUUUUACCUACUUCUGUCUUGAAUAGCUUAUGUAAGAACAGAGAGUUCAUUCCUACAAAAUUUCACUCAAAAGAAGUGUCUAGACAGUUUUCAAAGUCAUCUCCAAAUGUCGUUCAGAUGAAAAGUCCAGCAUCUUUUGACAAGUUUGUUUCGCUUCGUACUCGAGGUAUUGAGGAUUGUCUUAAAUCCGGAUUUAUCAAGCCCAAGAAAAUAUCAAGGUGUCUUUCUUUUUUCCAGAAGGCCCUUCAUGCUAGUUAUUUUCCAAAGAGAAAAAAUCUUUUUCAACAGUAUGUGAGGAUGCUACAGAUAUUGUGUUCGGUUGCUGAAAAGUGCAGGCAAUCUUUGCCCUACUCUGGGGUUGAUACGCCUGCACAAAGCUUACAUGGUCAGUCUCCGGAAAACUCAGAUGAUGGUCAGUCUCCCUCUUCAUAUCAUGGGGUGUCUACUCCAAGCUCAGCAAUUGAUGACCAUUCUACACAAAACUCAGGUGAUGGCUCUACAAUGACUCAUCUUGCCAAUAGACGACACAUUAGAAGGAAAAGAUCCAAGAGUCAUGAUCAUGAUGGCACAGAUAAGGGGCAAAGUGAUGUGGACAGCUCAGGAAAGUCAACAGCAAACUCUUCAGAGCAACUGUUGUUUUCUAAUUACACUUGGGAUUCGGAGUUCAAUAAGGCAAAUUUCAAGAAGAUCAUGGAGCAUCGCGAGUUUCAGAGACAGCUGUGGAUGGAGGGCGUUUUUAGCAGGCAGAAAGAUGCUCAGUGGGCAUAUCUAUGCCUUGUAUUUCUCAUCUGCUUGAUGUUGCUCAGCAUUUGGUGCUUGAGGGGAUUCCACAAUCGCAACACGAACAAACGAGAGUUUACCCUCCAUGACACAUAUCAUCUUCUCACUGUCAAAGAGGUCUUGUGGAGGAAAGCCAGGUACUUGCCGAUGAUUCACAGAGAAGAUAAUCUUGAGGAAGUGUUUGUCCAUGAUUGUGGGAAUGAUCCAUGACUAUUUGUUGCUUACUUUUGUGAGUGAAGGAUAUAGUAAGUUAUUAUAAAGUUAUAUGGUUAACGUGCCAAGUUUGAGAACAAACCUGGAUGCCUGAUUUUUUUUGUCUUUGUAGGUGUACAGUCUAGCAUGUACAUAGCUGACACGCUCAUAGUGAAACACAGUGAACAGGUUUUGAGGUCCCGAAUUUUUUUGUAUUUAAAACACGUACUUGGUGAAAAUCGGACGUAAUGAAAACAUUUCCACUUCCCGCCGAUUUCGCUAUGCAUGUGCUAGAUUGUAUAUAUAUCAUUUAAUGGACUUCUUUAAUGCCACAAUUUACCACCAUUUGGUCUUGUGUGAAAUAUUGUUUGGUUUGUGGUUAUAAAAAAAAUUAGAGAGAGUGAAGGAAUGCAUGCUUGAAAAGGCUCUGUUUUAUUUUUAUCCUGUAGUACACUGUAACUGAAAAGUGACUACUAAUUAAAAAAGGUUUCUGUCUAAAUCCUGAUACAUUAUGUAAUGGUUACAACAUGUAUUGUGUAAUUUAUAUUAUUCACUUGUAUGGUGUAGAGAAAAGCAAUACGGUAAUAUUACUUUUUUAAUUGAUAAUAUAUUGGUACAUGGCACAGAAAGAGUAUAAGCAGCCCAGACUCAAACCAAAACACGAUUGUCACUGGUGUGUUUUCCUGCUGUGAUGAUUAUUUAAAGGAGUAGCGGUGAUUUGUAUUGUUUAGUCAAUUAAUUUAGGACGUAUGCCAUGUACAAUGAAGUUGAAAGAAAGGAAGAGUCUGAGUCUGAGUCUGAGAUGAAUUUGUAUGAUUUAGUCCUAUUUCGACUGUGUGCAAUGGGCGAAUGUAUUUCUGUGUGUGAUGUAGAGAUAUAUGAUCAUAUAGGACGAUGCAAUGGAGUUGAAAAUAAGGAACAGUUUACGGUGGAUUCGUAUGAUUUAUUUCAAUUUAGGCUGCUUGCAGUGGGCGAAUGUAUUUUCCUGCUGUGAUGUAGAUGUAUGAUUGAAUAGGAUUUUGCAAUACAGUUGAAAGAAAGAAAGAGUUUGAGGUCGAUUGGUAUGAUUUAGUUCAUUCAAGCUUUGUGCUAUGGGCGAAUAUAUCUUCCAGCUGUGACAUAUUAUGUAUGAAUGAUUAAAUAGGAUGUUGCCAAUGAGC